CGUAAACAAAAUUUUGUCGGGUCAGAAUAAUAGCCAAAGCAAAAGGGCACAAGAGUAGACCCAAUUGCAAAAAAAAAGUAAGCCCUAACCAUCUUCGAGUUAAUAAUCGGGAUCUGCAGUUAGCAGCAAUAUCAGGCAUGGCUGGAAGAGAAGUUCGAGAAUACACCAAUCUCACCGAUCCUAAAGAUAAGAAAUGGGGUAAAGGGAAGGAUAAAAUUGAUGACGAGGAAAUCGCUUUCCACCGCAUGGUUUCCAAGGGAUGUUGGCGUUGUUUAAUAUGUUCAGAUGCAAGAUGUUACUGGGGAACGUGGAGGUUACCUUCAUGGAAGAGGCGCCCUGGACAGUGAUGACUUGCUCUAUCUCAAGGAACAGAUGGAAGCCGAGGAGGACGCAGAACGUCUUCUGCGGCGCACUGAAAAACGUGCAUUCCAAGCAUUCAAGAAAGCUGUUGCUAACUCGUCACCUGCAUCACUUCCUCUGUCACUUCGUGUUGAGCCCAAGCCCAAGAGUGGGAUCAGGCAGCAAGAUUUACUAAAAAGAGUUGUAGAAGUCAAAUCCAAGAAGCCAAAAGUCUCCAACCCAUCCAAUGGGAACAAUUUCCCUGUAAUUCCAAGUUCACGGGCUAUGCCAAGUGGCAAGUCUGGUGCUGAUAAUGAGGAGAUAGAAACUUUGCCAGCUAGGCCAAGUGAAGCUGGUGAUGGAAAGAUAGAGAAUCCAAUAAAAAGCUUGCUUUCGGUAUAUGACAGUUCUGAUGAUGAUGAUGACUGAUUUUGCAAGGAUUUAGCAGUUUAUGAUGUUUAGUUUAGUGUUAGAAUCAAGAAUCAUCAGUUGCGGGUACAGUGUGCCCAGAGUGCAGUGUUUGAAUCAACAAACAUCAUUAGUUGUUUUACUGUGCACAUUCUGAUCAGUCCUUCUGACUUGUUUGCUUUUAACAUGGUCACAGAUGAUAGGCAGUUGCCAAUUCAUAUUGGAAUUUGCUUUGAUUUUAACAAUUAACAUUUGACAAUGAAGCAUUUCUGCACUCCCUGAAUGUGAGGGAGGAGCCUAAAUCUUCAUCUGUGUGCUGUAUAUUACAUGGAUUGCCAGUUCUACUAUGUAGCAUUUUGUUUGUUAAGUGAA